AUGUCGCAGUAUUAUAUUGGGCGCGAAGAAAUAUACGCCAUAGGACAGCGUCUUUAUAAAAAUUUCAGUAUUGGCACGUUGGAGCAUUCGCAUAUGUUGUAUGAUGCAUGUAAUUCUGUGAGUGAUAUAUUGGUAGUUAGUCCCACGGGGUCGGGGAAGAGCAAUGCAUUCAAAUUUCCAAUUUUGGCGGAAAAAAAGCUAAAUCUUCCGUUCGUUAGCUUCAUUAUAAGUCCAUUUAUCGGUUUGCUUGAGGAUAUGAAAGAAAAGUUUUCUGAUUUGCAAGAGCUAGCAGUAGAGAUUUUUGACUCUGAAAAGGAAUAUGAGUAUUAUACUACGUGCGACGUUAUCAUCGUUCAGUUGGAAAAAGUGAAGGAGGCAGAGGGUCUAGUGCGGUAUUUGCAUCUGGAAAAAGUCUUCAAAUAUAUCAGACGGUUGGUUUUAGACGAGGCGCAUAUUAUAAUGGAGCAUAGACCAUUUCGUGCGGCGAGCAUCAUGAAAAUCGUAGAGAUUUUUGGAAAUGAUAUCCCCAAGCUAUUUCUUUCUGCAACUUUUCCCAGACUGUUUGAAUCCAGAAUAUGCAGAAUGUUUGAAAUAAAGGAUUGGAGAGUUCAUCGUGGGGAGACGAUCCGUAGGAAUAUCGGCCAUAUUGUUGUGCAUGAUAUGUUUGAUGUGACGAGGGCGGUGAAGCAGAUAUACGAAUCCGAAAUAAAACCCAACCAAACGAAAGGAAUUGUGUUUGUAUAUAAACGUAAGUUGGGGAUAGAGUUGGCUCAGGAUUUGAAGUGGUUGUUAUUCCAUGGAAAUAUGUUGUCAGAAGAAAAGGGCAAGGCGUAUAGGGAAUUUGCCAAGCUCGAAGAAGGUAUGAUAAUUGCAACGUCUGCGUUUAGUCACGGAGUAGAUUUAAGAGGAAUCAGCCAUGUAAUAACGGUCGGCCAAAUUAUUAAUAUUAUGGAUUUCCAGCAAGUAGUGGGUCGUAUGUGGCGGGGCGAGCCAGAUAAGAUUGGCCGAUCAUAUAUUUUGUUGCUGCCGGGCAAGAAGCAUGAGUCUAUAACGCCAUCAGUAUGUGUUAAUGGAGCUUUGUCUAGUCAUUUAGAUGGAAAAGAAGAGGAGAAUUGUAGGUCCCUAGGUUGUGUAAGCUGUUCUGUAUGUGAUGAGUCCAAAAGAAUCGAUGUUGGUGCUUUCACCCACGAUUCAUUAAAUUCAGAUGAAGAAAUGGAAGUCGAAGUGAUAGAAGUUGAGNAUUCCGGGGCUGAAUUAUCUGAAUUGCAAGUGAACUUUCGAGAGUGCCAGUUUAAUAUCCUCAAAUUAUAUGGAUUGAUGCCUAAAAAAGAGCAGGUUGCCGAUUCAUUAGGAGUGUAUACCAAUGUAUUCUUCUCGACGGUCAUCAAUCAUGGCCUUAUUAUAGAUUCAGCAGUUUGCCAUGGUUGUCUAUUAUCUAAUUUUCAUGCUCAUAGACUAGAACCGAGCCAUAAAUCGCUGAAAUCUAUUCAGUGUUCGUUGACGCCGCUUCUUCAUGCCUUUGUCAUAUUUGUUCUAUGCGAGAAUGAUAAUGGAAAGGCCCAUUUGGAAAGCAUGAUGAUGUCACCCAAUCUCAGUAGCAUUGUGAUCAGAGGAUUUGAAGAUCUUAUCUUAGAUCUGGGUGGAAAGUAUGCAAAUAUGGCCAGAAGCUUGAUGAGUGGUUCAGCUAUUGAAAGAAAUCAUUUGAAAUUUAGUUGGGAGAAAGUGCGUAAGGCCAGUGCUUAUUUAAAGAAUCCUUCAGCUGAUGAGGUCCAAUUAGUUUACGGAUCAAAUGAGGCGGUGUCCGAGCUUAGUAGAGUCACGCUUGACGCAUUGGAAAUAGCAUGCCGAUUUCGGUUUAAAUCUAUAAAUGGGGAUAAGGUGCGUGGUUUCUGUUAUGGAUGCUGGGGUCGGGNGUUUCAUGAAGAUCCAAAUGAUUGUCAUAGAGGAUUAAUGGCAAGAAUAUUAAUUCAUUCUUAUUAUGAAGAGUUGCUGUUGAAAAAGUAUUGUAUUGAGAGAUGCUUAAGGCUUGAGUAUCCUAGUGUAUGCCAUCUAGUGGAUCUUAUGGCUUUCCGGGAAGAAGAUAAUUUGCCGCUAUUCUAUGAUUAUGUAGAUUGGUUGUUGGGCCGAAUGGAGGAUAAGGGUGUAUUGUGUCUGUGA